AUGAAGAUCAAAGCCCUCAGCCGGUCCACGGCGUCCACCCAGGCCCCCGGCUCCAGCGUCGCCAAGGUCACGCGGAACCUCGACCCCAACCUGCAUCCGUUCGAACGUGCGCGAGAAUACACCCGAGCCCUCAAUGCGACAAAAGUCGAGCGCAUGUUUGCGCAGCCCUUCCUCGGCGAUUUCGAGCCUGGCCACGUAGACGGUGUAUACUCCUUCGCCAAGGACCCCAACUCCCUCGAGCACUUCGCCAGUGGCAGUGGCGACGGUAUCGUCAAGGUCUGGGACUUUACCAGCAGGGAGGAGAAGUGGCAGGCGCAGGCGCAUGAGAACCUCGUCAAGGGCAUGUGCUGGACGCGAGACAAGAAACUCAUAACCUGUGGAUCAGACCGCCAGAUUCAACUGUUCGAGCCGUAUGCGCAAGCCUCGAAAUCGGCGCCCAAAGCAACAUGGCACGGCAACUCAGCCUUCACCUCUGUCUCGCACCAUCGCUCGCUGCCGACCUUUGCUGCUGGAUCCAGCUCCAUCUCUAUAUACGAUACAUCAAGGACGUCAGGGGCUCCCGUUUCCAACCUCGUGUGGCCAUCGGCCAUUGACACAAUCACGGACGUCAAAUUCAACCAGGUCGAAACCUCGAUACUUGCAUCAUGUGCGACCGACCGCGCUAUCAUCCUCUACGACGCUCGCACCAACUCACCCCUACACCGCACUGUGCUCAACUUCCCCGCGAACUGCAUCUCCUGGAAUCCCAUGGAAGCCUACAACUUCGCCGUUGCUUCGGAAGACCACAAUGGAUACAUAUUCGACAUGCGCAAUAUGAAGCGUGCGCUGCAAGUCUUGAAAGGACACGUUGCCGCAGUCAUGUCCAUUGAGUUCUCUCCGACAGGAGAAGAGCUCAUCACCGGUUCCUACGACCGAUCCAUAAGAAUCUGGGAGCGAUCAAAGGGUCACGCUCGGGACGUCUACCACACCAAGCGAAUGCAGCGCGUCUUCUCCGUCGCAUGGAGUCCCGACAACAACUACGUACUCAGCGGAUCCGACGAUGGCAAUGUCCGCCUAUGGAGAGCCAGAGCAUCUGAGAGGCAGGGCGUCAAGUCGUUCGCACUGAAACAGAAGCUGGAGUAUGACGCAGCGCUCAAGGAGCGAUACAAGCAUAUGCCAGAGAUCAAGCGCAUCGAGAAACACAGGCAUCUGCCCAAGACUGUCAAGAAGGCGGGUGAGAUCAAGAACGAGGAGCUCAAGGCUGUCAAGAGGAAGGAAGAGAACGAGAGGAGGCACACUAAGAAGGGCACAGUCCGGAGAAAGGCAGAACGUGAGAAGAUGAUCUUGGCGAGAGAGCAAUGA